AUGUCCGUGGACGUCGUCUUGAUGGUUUACAUUUUCCCAGUUUUAUUUGUGAUUGGAGUCGUUGGAAAUGCGAUCAACCUUCUCGUUCUGUUAGACAAGUGAGUUCAAGCCGAAAAUAAUCUAUUCAAACAAAUACUAACCUUGGUGUCAUCCUGUGUAUUAUUGCAAAAAACAAUUUCAGGAGGAUGCGAUCAAAGACCAAUACAUUGUUGUCAGUGAUGGCUUUGGCGGAUAUCUUUUUUCUGGUCUUUAUGAUGGUGCAUUCUCUAAUGUAUCAUAACGACUUGAUGGCUGCUUAUGCCAGCCUGAGGCGUUUCUUUGUUUACGCCGCGCCGCACAUCUCGGGCAUCAUAAACAUGCUGUCCUUUAUUAGCGCGUGGUGAGUUAUUUGUUUGCUAUUUUUUCUUAUAUCAUAUUAGAGGAGUCCUUUUCCCGGAAAAAAUAUCCACCACGAUAUAUUCAGAGAUCAGACGGCACUCAAACAGACCAGUAAAGGUUCAGAGAUCUUUUUACUCCCAUUUCAGUUUGUGAUGAAAAAAUGAAACAUUUUGUCGUGGUUGCGCCAACUCAACGACGGCAAAAUGUUUCAUUUUUUCACACAAACUGAAGUAGACUAAUUAUUACUUAUCAAAUACAACAAUCGGUCUUUUCAGGACAAUUGUUCUUGUCAGUGUGGAGCGAAUGACCGCAGUCAUGUUUCCACUGCGAGCUAGGUCAUUUUGGACCUAUCACACGCUCAAAAUCCUCGUCACAGUUCUCGUGACCACUUCGUUUCUUAUCACCAUGCACUCUCAUAUCACACACCAAGUCACUGUGAUCCACAAGAACAUUACUCUGCCCUCUCCUGAAGACAGUACGCCAACCAUUGUUCAACGAAAGGUCCUGCGUUCAAUGCUGCGGACUGGAAUGGAGUCCUACUGGAGGAUUUCAACCAUUGCCACUGCAGUUUUCAUUGUGUUUCUGCCAGUAAUCAUCGUUAUUAUCACCAAUUCGUUGGUGUUCUGUGCCCUUCGUGCUCAGAACGAUUCAAUUUUGGCUACAAGUAGCUAUCAAAAAGUGAGAUCAAAGAGGAGCGAGGAUUCCAUGAACAGUGUGAGUUCUAUGGAUCGGCACGGAUCUUUAUCGAGGAAGCCUUCCCGCAAUACUUAUUGCACCAACACUACAAGCACUCCAGUCAACGGAACAAUAAAUGACAGUGCUCCCAGUCCGAUCACCAACAAUAACCGACACUAUUCGAUGCCAGAGAGUGCUCGAUAUCAAAAUCAACCCGACAGGAAAAUCCACGACAACAUAAAUUCGACAAAAUCAAAUCCAGAGAGAUCAAUGUCCUGCCUUCCUACUGACGACAAAACCCACUAUUCAACGAUUCAUUUUCCCACUCAAAUCCCACAAGGAGAAUAUCAGCCAAUCCUGGAGCAGAAGGAGAGAAAAAUCGAGCACAAAUCAUCGACCGGGACCUCGAACACUCGGAAUCAACGGAGAGCAACUCUAAUCGUCUUUAUUAUCGCUUGCACUUUCACUAUUUCGCAGACACCGUCAGCGUUGGUUCACAUUGGAGAAAUUUGCUGGCCCUGGAUUGGGAUGAAUCCGGCGUUCAAAACUGCCGCAACUUUAUCGAAUUCGCUCGUGGCUGCUGGCAAGACCAUGAAUUUGUUCUUGUUCUGCAUGUGGAGUGCGCAUUUUAGGAGGAAUUUGAAGGUAAGGGGGCUUACAAAAUUAUUCAUGACACCUAUUUCCAAAUUUUUAAUUUUUUAUAUUACACUAGACCAAAAAUUCUAAAAAUAUCCAAAAAUACCUUCUAAACAUAAUCUUUUUCAGCGGAUUCUGUCUUCCAAGUUGCCGACGCUCUAUGCUUUCAUUCAAAAGCUAACUCAAGUCUCAAAAGUUGUUGGACAAUUCCCUUCGAAGAAAAAAGAAAAGCCGAAAUUCGACCAGAAACAAAUCAUCACCGUUCACCCGCCGCAAGCGAUGAAACGUUUUUCAACGCCCAUAUUGGAGAAGUCGAAACAACAAAACGAGGAGUGUCAGGCCAUCACGCAGAAUCAAGGCUUCGUUUAG